GGGGCGCCGCUCUUCUUCUUCUUCUGAUCGCUCCGCUCUGAGAGGUCAAAGGACACCGAGCCAACAUGACAACAUUGAGACCGUUUACCUGCGAUGAUUUGUUUAAAUUCAACAAUAUCAACCUGGACCCUUUGACGGAAACUUAUGGCAUCCCGUUUUACCUCCAGUACCUGGCUCACUGGCCGGAGUACUUCAUCGUGGCCGAGGCUCCUGGUGGUGAACUGAUGGGCUACAUCAUGGGGAAGGCGGAAGGAUCUGUGGCCCGGGAGGAAUGGCACGGUCACGUGACCGCGCUGUCCGUGGCCCCCGAGUUCAGGAGGCUGGGGCUCGCUGCCAAACUCAUGGAGAUGCUGGAGGAGAUCUCAGAGAGGAAGGGCGGGUUCUUUGUGGACCUCUUUGUGCGGGUCUCCAACCAGGUGGCGGUGAACAUGUACAAGCGCCUGGGCUACAGCGUGUACCGCACGGUGAUCGAGUACUACUCCGCCAGCAACGGGGAGCCGGACGAGGACGCCUACGACAUGAGGAAAGCUUUGUCCCGGGACACGGAGAAGAAGUCCAUCGUCCCGCUGCCGCACCCCGUCAGGCCGGAGGACAUCGAAUAACGCGGCGUGGCUCUCUGCGUCUCACUGUACAUCAUCUCACUGUCAGAGAGCCACGCUGUAAAUAAUCAUCAUUUAAGAAUAAAGACACCACCAGUGA